AUGUUGGCUCCAAAACCAAUGGCUCCCAAGGUACUGUCUGAGCCGAAGCCAAAAAUCUCGGCCUCCCGGAAGCUGUCCCUGAAGAUCCUGUUGCUCCAGAGGGCAAUGGAGGAUUUGGAGCAGGAGAAGAUUAAACGUGACGAGGAGAAAGUCCGUUACCUUGGAGAGAAACUCCCGCCCCUGCAGCUGUCCGGUUUAUCAAUGGAUGACUUACAAAAACUCUGUAAGCAGCUCCAUGUUAAAAUUGAUGUUGUGGAUGAGGAGAGGUACGACUGUGAGGCCAAAGUCAACAAGAACAACAGAGACAUUCAUGAACUGAAGCUGAAGGUGCAGGAUCUCGGGGGAAAGUUUAAGAAGCCAGCCCUGAGAAAAGUGCGUGUGUCUGCUGAUGAGAUGAUGAGAGCUUUACUGGGCUCCAAACAUAAGGGAUCCAUGGACCUGAGAGCCAACCUCAAAUCAGUCAAGAAAGAGGAUAUCAAACAAGAGAAGGUGUUGACAACUGAGGUUGGAGACUGGCGUAAGAAUGUGGAGGCCAUGUCAGGAAUGGAGGGCAGGAAGAAGAUGUUUGAUGCAGCUGGAGGUGGUCAAUGA